UUGAGUAACCAGUCAUAUGCGAUGUGCAAGUAUGGAAGCAGGGGGAUUAGAUGGGGAAUUUAGAAGUUUUUAUCCGUCUGCCUUCGGGACGCACACAACCACGUCCUCCUCGGAAACUCCAGUGUUCUCUGUCGCGGAACGACCGACUUUCAUAAGCCAUGAGUCUCUCGCGCCUUACAUUUCUUUCCCGACGAAUUCCAGCGCCAAUGAAUCAGUCACUUUUGGGUGUUACUUAAGCAACAGUUGUUGUGGUUUUAAAUGGUCUCAGAACACAGUGUUUCAACCCUGCGUCAUGAAGCAAAACGAGAAUCGUCUUGUUAAUGGACACACAGUCAAAAAACCCUUGGAUAUGACAGUUUGCAACAGUUCAACGCAACAUUACGGAGAGACCUCGUCCAAGCCGAAGGAGUUCGCUUUUUACCAGGGCUACACAGGAUCCCACCCAAGAGUGUCUGGAUAUGUUGAUUUACCUGUUGUUCACAGAGCAGUCAGCCGAGACCUCAGGCAUGACGCUUGUUUGUCAAUGGAUGGCCACCGGCAAUGGGACUGGAGUAGUCAAAUAAAUAACUUUAAAGACCAAAGUCAGAACACUUAUAUCUGGAAGUCUUCAUUAACAGAGGGAACAGCAGCGAGUUUUUGUCAGCGCGGGAGAAAGAAAAGGGUUCCUUACACGAAACUGCAGCUGAAAGAGCUCGAGCGCGAAUACAGCAACACUAAGUUCAUUACAAAGGAGAAGAGACGGCAGAUCUCCUCUUCUACCAACCUGUCUGAGAGACAAGUGACUAUAUGGUUUCAAAACCGCCGAGUCAAGGACAAGAAAAUAAUACCAAAACUCUCAAAAGAAUUUGAAUAUUAUUAGUACGUAAAAAAUAAUUUAAAUAUUAAAGGGUUUAGCAUAUUAUUAUAUAUCCAUGUGUAUAGUUUUAUUACAUGUGUUGUUAGGCCUAUACCUAUAGGUAUUUUAGCUA